UGCCCGCCGCCAUAUUUGUUUUGGGAACUUGGAAACUUCCUGGAUAAACCACGAAAACAAGUCAAAUGAGACACUUUUUACGUCUUGACGUUCAAGUCAAAGGUUGCUAACAUGGCAGCAGACUUUGACCCAGAAGAUAAAUAUAGUUGGUACUUCGGUCCACUAAACAGAGAAGAAACCAAUGAAAUAUUGAUACCAGAAAAAGAACCUGGAGUGUUCCUUGUCCGAGAGAGUCAGUCUAUAAGAGGAGAUUUUGUAUUAUGUGUAAAAGAAGAAAAUAAAAUAAGUCACUAUAUCAUUAACAAGAUAACAAAUCCUGCUGGAAUAACAAGGUUUAGAAUUGGAGAUCAGGAGUUUUCAGAUAUACCUAGUUUAUUAAACUUUUAUAAAACACAUUAUUUAGACACAACGUCAUUAAUAAAACCGGCUAAAAGAGCUAAAUAUGUAGCCAAGUUUGAUUUUACUGGCAAGGAUCCUGAAGAUUUACCAUUUAAAAAAGGUGAUGUGUUAGAACUUAUAUCUAAAGAUGAAAAAGAAUGGUGGACUUGUCGUAACAGUCAUGGGGAUGUCGGACAAAUACCUGUUCCUUAUGUAACUAAGGAUCAUACCUCAGUCUUAUUUCAACAGUUUGAUCCUAACAACCCUCCAAUACCUAGUCAGAGACCAAUAUCAGAGCCACCAGGUUAUAUAGAUCCUCAAAAACCAUCCAUCAAAGAUAUAACUUUACCUGCUAGAGCUCUUGUGAUUCAACAAAGAAUACCAAAUUUAUAUGAUAAAACACAAUUAAAACUUGAGAAAGGAGAUAUAGUACUUGUGACUAAAAUGAAUUCCAAUGGCCAGUGGGAGGGAGAAAUCAAUGGAAGGAAAGGGGUUUUCCCUUUUACACAUGUACGAUUUACAGACAAUGAAAAUAGUACUAGCUAGUAGAAAAUAAAUGUAACAAUUAUUUGUUUUAAAAUCUAUCUUUUAUCAGAAACCAAACUUGUUAAGAUAGAUUGUUCUACAGUAACCAAAAAAACUUACAAUUCUUAACUGUUAUGUAUUGCAAGACAUUUAAAAAACUUUCAAUUAUUGACAUAAUGUUUUGUAAGACAUUUCAAAGUGACUGAUUUUAAAGGAAAUGUGUAUUUUGUAUUUGAGAGUAUUUUUAGAUCGUCUAUUUUUCAUAUUUAUUUCCUAGGGUUUAAGCAAUUUAGUAUAUUUAAUAUUAUUGUUUUUGAUAUAUAUAACAUGUCUGAUUGUUUAAAGACAUAGUCAGUAACUGUUGUUAUUUAAACCAUUUAUUAUGCCAUAAUCAAGUUAUUUCGUUGGGUAAUUUUCAUUAAAAAGAAAAGAGAAAAUGCAUAAAUAUUACUAUUGUCAUAGUUUGUUCAUAAAAUCACUCUAGGUUGAACAUUAUAUAUGUAAAUAUAAGAUAUCAAUAUGUGACAGAACUGGGCAAGGAAAGAAAAUUUCAAAGUCAAUUCUUAUACUUAACCUUACAAAUUCUUUUUGUCUUUAAAGUUUGUCUCAAAUCAUGAUCAUUAAUUUCUGAAUAAAGCUUUUUGGCCUGCUAUUGUUGAGGAAAACAAAUAUAUCUUGCAGCCAGUCCUCAGUUUUGUCACCAUUGUAAAUAUCAGAUAUGUAUAUUGAAUACCAUACAUGUAAAUGAAUCAUUUUCAUUUUCAUUGUCUUUAUAGGAUUUUUCUUUUGUGUUUUAAUCUAAAAACAAAUUUAUUGACCUGAGAUACUGGGGUAAUAUUGUAUUUAAACUUAAAUCUCAGCAAAUGUUUUUUCUCAUGACUAUUGAUAUUUGUGCAAAUGUAUUUUGAUUCAAAUAUCUUUCUUAGUCAAUUCUAGAUUUCAAUUUUUGUAUGAUUUUCAUUUGCAUUUUAUAUGGUUAUAGAAGAAAUGAAAUGAUUGACAAUCUUAAGAAAAUUUUUAAAGUCUUCCAUUGAUAAUUACAAGGUUAUAUAAUUUGUAGACAUGAAUUACAUUGAUAAUAAUAAAGUAAUAAAUGUAAUUUUAAAAUUUUUAAAUUGCUGGAGUAGAAGAAAGGCCUUUUUAUUUAUAAGAUCACGAUAAUUUUUACUAGCAAUUUGAAGAAAUAUGUUUUAGGUGCUUUAUUUAUUUUUUCACAUCCAAUAAUUUAUACAUACCUAUGUUGCAACAACUGCAUUAUACAUUAUACAUUUUUACUGUAUCAGUUUACACUGCUGAAAGGGACUGCAGAAAAAACCAGUAAGGUAUAAUUAGAAAAUACGAUUUUAUAAAAGCUAAGAUUGUAUCAUUUUUAUUAGCAUCCCCAAAGUAAAAGACAUCAACUUGAUAUUAUUUUAUUAUUAUUUAUUAAGUUAAAAAUAAAUGAAAAAUACUUUAAACAAAUGUAUUAUUGAAAAAUUUAAACAAUAAUUAAAAGUUUUAAAGCAAGUGUGAUGUAAGAUAAUAAGUGAUAUAAUAUAUUACAUAGGUGUACUUUUAUUGCCAAUUAUUGUAUAUACAAUUAGAAUGUUAUAUCUACUAUAAUGUAAAUCAAAAUCGCUAUUGAAUGUGCUGUGUUUUAAGUCAUUGAAUGAAAUUUUGUCAAGAAUGCUUAAGGCCAACAAUUUUGGAAUGCCAAGAGGAUGCUCAAGGAAUUUGUUUGUGAUUUACAAGUAAAGAGAGAAUGUAAAGUGUAUAUCAGAUAGUCUCUUAAUCUUUACCUAAAACUGUAUUGCAAAGAUACAGAAACGAACAUAUUAUAACCGCUUCAAUUAUUUUAAUCUCUCAUUAGUUUUCAUAGAUUUCAUAUAAUCAGAACAGAUCAAACCAAUUUUGUGUAUGAAUGUAAGUUUCAUGAUGACAAUAUCAAUUGCUCUACACUUUGAACUCUUUUACAGCUUACAUUGGUAAUUAAAAUCUGAUGUGCUGGGAACAUGUUUAAAAAUAAUGCAGAAUAGAAUAAGAUAUGUGGUAUAAAUCAAUUAGACAACAACCAAACCACACAAACAUACAAUCUACAAUAUUAAACAUGUGUCUAUAUGAUUUGCAGUGGUGGGUCCAAAAAGAUCAUAAGAGGAGACCCACUGACUGCCUAAGAGGGGCUUGCUCCAGUCUUACUUCAGUGAUUCCCAAAAUAGUCAAUCAAAUUUUUUCCACAAAAGGGGGCACCUGGGCCCCUGUAAAUUUGCCUCUGAUAUGUCAAGCUCAAAAUCAACCAGAGUCGGAUAAAGCUGUGAAUAAAUUAGACAGAAAUGGUUGAGGGUGAAGAUAUCUCUUUUAUAGCAUUCAAUAUGUUUGUAGGUUACAGUUUUUAAAGAUGCUUUAUAUAGAACUUGCAUCAGGGAAUAUUUGAGCAUGCUUGUAUGGUAUCCAGCAUUUUAAUAUAAUGCAUUUAAUAAGAAAAACGAAUCUUGGAAUUGUACAAAGUAGAAUUUUGUAAAUAUUGUACAUGUAAUUGUAAUGCAAUACACGUAUAUAUACAUAUAUACAUAUAAAUAAUUCAGACUAGAUGAUUUUAUUUUAUUAAGUUUUGAGGUUGCAUAUUGUGAAUGGUAUACAUAUAUAUAUAUAUAUAUAUAUAUUUUGUUUAGUUAGAUACAUUGGCACUGUUGUAAACAAAGAGUACACUUGUUCGCAAAUCCUACAGUUGGAAUAUUUGAGUAGUUUAAUUUUUUACACAUUUUUUUUCAAUUAUGAUUUAGAACAACGAUAUGGAAGGACCAUAGAAUACAUAUGAAAGUAUAUUACAGUCUUACUCCUUAAAAUAAAUCAGUCUUAAGUUUGACACUUUACUACUAGGGUACACAAUAAUUAGCUUCUUAUUUGAGUUUGAACUUGUAGCAAUACAUAUAUAAGUGGUAGAUUUUAGUUCUUAUAUUCACUUUGAAAUCCAGAUGUAAUUGACGAGAGAAUUUUUAAAUUGGAGUGCAUUACAUUUUUUUCCAAAUAGUUUUUAUUUCAAUGUUUUUGUUCUGGAUGAGAAAGGAAAAGCAUAAUAAAUUUUCUUGUGACAGUUACAUAUUUUUAGUCGCAACCAUUUUCUUUUUGUACAAGGGCAGAAGAUAUUUUAACAAGAAAGUUUAGGAUUUUUUUUUUCAAUUAGAUUUGUAUUUUUUGACAAGUACCAUUAAGUAUUGAAAAUCUUUAUACUGACAUAUUACCUCAAAGAUUAAAAAGCAGGUGUAUUCUAACAUAAAAAUCCUUGUCAGCUUCUUUCUUCAAGAUCUUUCAUUGGAAGUCAUUAUUAUUGAAACUUAUUGUACAUUAAGUUAAACAUGUACAACUUUUCCCCAUUUUUGACUACUACAUAUUUCUGUAUAUACAUUUUUAAUUUUUUGGCCAAAGUAUUUCUGGAUGAACUGGAUAAAAAAAUUAUCAAAUUAUCACCUUAUGAGUCUUAAGAUAAGUAACUGGAUGACAGACAUUCUUGAGUUGAAUAUGUUGACAGGACAGAAACACCAUGCUACAGAUAAAUAGGUAGUUAUGGGAUAAUUAUUGUCAUUGCUUUAUUUGGUAAUAGCUCAUGAUGAAUUUGUAAUUCCCCUGGAAGUCGUUAUUUUUUUCUUAAAAACACAAAUAUUUGUACAUAAGUCUUUAUUGUAUAAAGCCCUUCUAAAGAAAAGAUAACUUUCUUUCAGGGACAUUUGCAUUAUACACAGAUAUAUUUUUUUCAAUCAACUGCUCAGCAAAGUCAUCUCAAUCACAAGUUGAGUUACUAAUGAGGGGUUGGAUGGGGAAAUCAGGUUCAACUGAACCAAUGGCUUAUCAGAAUUUAUCCUUUAAGUUAUAUCAGAAAAGUGGUUCUUAGUAGUUCUAUGAAAGACUUCUGUAGAAUAAUGAUAUAUGUAAUCAUGUUCAUUCUCUUAUAAAAAAGAAAUAUCAAAUUAUUCUCCUUUCUACCUGUAUCAAGCCAAUGCCAAAAAAACAAGAACCUGUGAUGCUUAGAAAAUAAAAGCAAUCAAAAUA